UUAUUAAAGUCUACCAGGUCGCAGCCCAUGAUAGACGUGUUUACCGUGGCUGAGCUCUUCCCGCUAUUUUGUGCCACUGACUUGCUGUUGUUGAUCCACAGCUGAAGCCAGCCCUUAUGUGCUAGCCUAGCCUAGCGUUAGCAUCGUGGGAAGAGGCCGCCUACCUCCAAGCCAACACGUCUCUAGCUAGCACCGGAUAACGCUAGGCUAACUGGUGGCUAAUACAGCUCAGCAGACUGGAUUAAGUUGUUUUUUUUUCCCUUUUUACACCGAUUGGAAAACACACAACGCUGUUUUUGGACAAGUUAGUGUUAGCUAACGUAGCUAACGUUGACCCAGUUCUUGUGGAGCGGUUGCCGUCGCGGAGCUGGCUCGCUGAGCAACAACAAACCUUUGCCUCUUGGUGUCGAAAAGAGAAUGGCUAAAAGUGAAUCGGAAGAGAUGAUAGAGAUCGAGAUUGAUGGGCAGGAGAAACAGGCAUGCCUGGAGGAAGGCAUUGAAGAACAGACCCUCACAGCGUCAGAUUUGAUUCAACAAGAUAUUGACAUCAAUGAGCCAAUCGGCAAUUUGAAGAAGCUUCUGGAGCCUCGUAUUGCAGUGUCGCUGGAUGCUUAUGACAUCUGCUUGCAGGACAUUCAGCUGCAUCCUGAUCAUAGCCUCUUUGAUCAAGGAGUGAAGACGGAUGGCACGGUGCAGCUCAGCCUGCAGAUCAUAACCAAACCAGGUGAGGAGAAGUUAAAUAUCCUGGAAAUUGUGAAGCCUGUAGAAACCGUAGAGGUGGUGAUCGAUCCGGAUGCCGCAGGAGAGGAUGGCGCCCUGGUGGAAGAGGGGCAGCUCAUUGCUGUGGAGCGAUCUGCCCUGUCUGACGACACCUCAGAGCAGGUCACACGCUGGGCCGCAGCCCUAGAGGGCUACCGCAAGGAGCAGGUCCGCCUGGGCAUACCAUAUGACCCGGUGCUCUGGUCAGCUGAUCAGGUAAUCCACUGGGCUGUGUGGGUGAUGAAGGAGUUUAACAUCGAUGAGAUGGAAAUAGGAGGCAUCCACAUCCCAGGUCGCGACCUCUGCGCCUACAGCCAGGAAGAGUUCCUUCAGAAAGUGCCUAACGGAGAGAUACUCUGGAGCCACCUGGAACUCCUACGCAAAUAUGUGUUAGCCAGUCAGGACCAGACUGGCCAGGACGGCACUGUCACCAUUGAUCAACCUGUGCAGAUAAUCCCAGCCCCAGUGAGUACACCCACCACCAUAAAGGUAUUGAAGCAGAGCCGCGGCCCCAGAGCGCCCCGCAUUUCAGGAGGAGAGGAGCGCAGUUCACCUGGCAACCGCACAGGCAACAACGGUCAGAUCCAGCUGUGGCAGUUCCUGCUGGAGCUGCUGACAGACAAAGAUGCAAGGGACUGCAUCUCCUGGGUGGGCGAGGAGGGUGAGUUCAAGCUCAACCAGCCCGAGCUCGUAGCACAGAAAUGGGGCCAGCGCAAGAACAAGCCCACGAUGAACUAUGAGAAACUCAGCCGAGCCCUCAGGUAUUACUACGACGGGGACAUGAUCAGCAAGGUGCAGGGCAAGCGCUUCGUAUACAAGUUUGUGUGCGACCUGAGGACUCUGAUUGGCUACAGUGCCGCUGAGCUCAACACCCUGGUGACCGAGUGUGAGCAGAAGAAGCUGGCUCGCAUGCAGCUGCACGGCAUCGCUCAGCCCAUCACUACAGUGACCCUGGCCACCACCACACUAGACAAGGACAGCUGAAGGAAGCAGGGGCAUGGCGCUCUCCAGCUGCCGCGGGUAGACGUUGCUGUCCACCGCUGAUUGAAAAUCAGUCGACUGCCCUCCUUUUGACAUAAUUGUACUCAUUAGGCGCAGAAAUACAAGGCUGAUCAUUGAUCAGUGUAGAUUGACAACUUUGUCCUUCUCGUUACAGUUUUAUCAGAGUUGGACUGAGGCAGUUGGAAAGUGCUUUGUGUUUUUUUUUUUUUUUUUUUUUAAACUCUAACCAAGGGGAGAAACCUGUAUUCAGGAAGAGAGGGAGAAUAUGUACGCGUGUGAAAUAAUGAGAUCCAAAAUGUUAUUGUUGUGUGCAUGUGUCUGGAUGUCUGAGUGAGUGUGAGUGUGUGUGUGGGAGAGAGACUGAAAACCCAGUUACGAGCUUUGCAUAAUGUGUUCUUUGUCUGUAGUUUAGAGUUGUUUCCAUUGUAUAUACCGGUACUCCAUGUUUUUGAUAGCCACAAGGGCAACUGUAUUUUCAUAUUUUCCAUUUAUAGAGGAUCUGUUUUGUAUUUUAUUUAGUGUUUGUUCCCUAAAUUGCUGGACCCUUUUUGUCCACCAGGGGGAAUAAAGUGGCAAGCAUUUUUCCUAAA